GGGGAGGCGGGGAAGCCUUGACGCUGCCGCCCGGGACGCGGCCCCGAGCUGGCGGGGACGGGGGCGUCCGCCUGCGCGCCCCCUCCCCAAAGUCCCCCCUCCAGGCCGCGCGCCCGCAGCGGCGGGUAAAUUCUCUCCGAAAGCGUAAAGAGGGAUUGGAGGAGGUUUUUACUUCCCUUUGUGCCGGUGGCUGGGGCCGGAUCCAGGCGGCCGGGCAGGGGGCCGUGGGACUGGGACUUCCCCCGGAGCCCAGAGGAGCGCAACAAAGGAUGCGCCCUGCUGGGGUCACCGCCCCCGCCGCCCAACUUUGCGCGCGGUGCCCGCGCCCCGGGGGAGCCCGCCAGCUGCUGCGCUGAGAACCCAGGCGUCCCGGGCCGAGCGAGGGCUGGGGGCGUCCCCGACCUUGGGCCCCAGGAAAGGGACCCCGGAGCUUCCCGGAGGCGGCGGGCGGCGGAGCCGCGCACACGCACCGCGCUGCCCGCGGAAACUCCGCGCGCUUCCGCGGAUGCCCCUCGCCCUGGCCCCCGCGCUCGGCGUUCAGGGCCCUGCGGGGCGCCUCCUUCCCCCGCGGUCCUUCCUAAGCCGGGCUAAGCUGGCCUUCCUCCCGCUCCCUCCUCUGUCGCCUCCUUUUUCUGCCCGUCUGCCACCUCUUUUUUCCCCCUGGUCCAUGCGGAACCCGGCUCCCGGGCACACCUGACCUCUCUCCUCCCUCCCUCUCCUUCCUCUCUCCCUCCUUCUCCUUGCGAAAGGGCUCCCCGAAAAGGGCAUGUGGGUCCCCGUGUGACUGUAGCCAAGUCGGGGUGACACGCGCCCAAAUGGCCAAGUGGCUACGGGACUACCUGAGCUUUGGCGGUCGGAGGCCGCCCCCGCAGCCGCCCACCCCGGACUACAGCGACAGCGACAUCCUGAGGGCCUACCGCGCGCAAAAGAACCUGGACUUCGAGGACCCCUAUGAGGAUGUCGAGAGCCGCUUGGAGCCGGAGCCCACGGGCCCCGGGGACUGCAAGGGCCCCGGCGGUGACGCCAAGUACGACUCCCCCAAGCACCGGCUCAUCAAGGUGGAGGCUGCGGACAUGGCCAGGGCCAAGGCACUGCUGGGCAGCCCCGGGGAGGAGGUGGAAGUCGACACGGAGUAUUCAGAUCCCUUCGAUGCCCAGCCUCAUCGCCCGUCCCCAGAUGAUGGCUACAUGGAACCCUAUGACGCACAGCGGGUCUUGAGCGAACUGCCAUGCAGAGGGGUGCAGCUGUAUGAUACUCCUUAUGAAGAGCAGGACCAAGAAACAGGGGAUGGGGCCCCUUCUGGGCAGAAGCCUCGACAGAGCCGGCUGCCCCAGGAGGACGAACGGCCAGCGGAGGAGUAUGACCAGCCCUGGGAGUGGAAGAAAGACCACAUCUCCAGGGCAUUUGCAGUGCAGUUUGACAGUCCAGACUGGGAAAGGACCCCAGGCGCAUCCAAGGAGCUCCGGAGACCCCCGCCCAGGAGCCCGCAGCCCGCGGAGCGUGUGGACCCGGCCCUGCCCCUGGAGAAACAGCCGUGGUUUCAUGGCCCGCUGAACCGGGCAGAUGCUGAGAACCUUCUAGCGCUCUGCAAGGAAGGCAGCUACCUUGUGCGGCUCAGUGAGACCAGCCCCCAAGACUGCUCCCUGUCUCUCAGGAGCAGCCAGGGCUUCCUACAUCUGAAGUUCGCGCGGACCCGGGAGAACCAGGUGGUGCUGGGCCAGCACAGCGGACCCUUUGCCAGUGUCCCUGAGCUGGUUCUGCAUUACAGCUCACGCCCGCUGCCCGUGCAGGGCGCCGAGCACCUGGCCUUGCUGUACCCAGUCGUCACGCAGAACCCCUGACGGGGACCCUCUGCCCCCUUCUGGGCUCUAGGGUGCAAGAUUGUGUCUCAAAACCCUCUUCUGGUGUGAAAAAUAAAUGCUAUUGUCUGU